AUGCUGGCAGCUUGGCCACGCUGCUCUGUGGCCGCUCACGGAGAAAGCCGCCUUGCUGGUCCCCGUAAGAAGGUGCCCGCGCAAGACUCUGGACCCGGCCCGUCUGCAGCCGCAUGUACUUGCGCGGGCACCGUGGGCCUGUCGCUGGCUGUCCUGCGAGUGCUGCGGGUCCUGCGGCUGCCCAGCGCUCGCGGCCGCCUUCGCAACGAUUGCUUCAGCGUCCUCCAUGCACAAGCGGCGUUUUCACAGGUGGACAUGUCUGCCAUCGCACAGGAUUUCUUCGAUGUUCCAUCGUUAAGGCCGGAGCAACGUGAGGUCGUCGAGGCGGCCGUCCAACAGAAGGACACCUGCGUCUUCUGGUCAACGGGCACUGGCAAGUCGCUGUGCUUUCAGCUGGUGCCCAUCAUCACUCAACGGACUGCCUUCGUGGUCAGCCCUCUGAUAGCCUUGAUGAAGGACCAGGUGCUGCGUUUCAACGAGCUCGCGGAGAAGAAAGGCGAGAGCUAUCGUGCCUGCUUUCUCGGGUCAGGCCACGAAGAUGUGGAGACACGAGAGAGAAUCGAGGCUGAUGCGCUGGAAGGAAAGUACAGCCUCGUUUACCUGACCCCGGAGAAGCUGGUGAGAACGCUGUUUAACUUGAGGAGCAUGCACAAGCAGAGAAAAAUUGGUUUGCUCGCGGUUGAUGAGGCGCACUGCAUUCUUGAGUGGGGCGGCGACUUCAGGCCAGAGUACAGAGAUCUUGAAUACUUCCGAGAAGACUAUCCAGAUGUUCCGAUCAUGGCGCUGACUGCAUUGGGGACGCCAGCUGUCGAGGCUGAAGUCAAACGAUAUCUACGCUUGCGCUUCGCCCAG